ACAGCGAAGGGCGUUUGUGUCAGCGCCCAGGAGGAGGGCUGUGCCUUCCCGGGGUGCCCAGCACGGAGCCUGCGGCCACCCAGCGCCGGGCAUCGCAUCGCAGCUCUGCGCUGCCCUGUGGGACGCUGCUGUGCGGCACCACCGCCAGCCCGACGGACGGCCAGCGGCAGCGACUCCUGAGCAGGAAAAGGAAAGGCUUGGUGUGCCUGGAGCAGCAGCGUGAGCUGCAGCCCCCGCGGUGCCCGCAGGGCAUGGGCUCUUCAUCCUGCAGCCUGCUGGAGGACAGCAGCGUGCCAGAGGAGUGCCUGGAGAUCCCUGCCUCUGCUCCCGGAGAUGGGCUGAGCGGCAGCGUGGCUCCCAGCCCCGCUCUCCUGCAGCCCACGGGGCUGGAUGCUGACCCUGGCAGUGCUGGACUGCAUUUCGCAGCGCUCAGAGCGCAGCAGGCAGCCGUCAGCUCCCACCCCUGGCUCAGCACCGCGCCGCUCUGUGCCCAAAGGAGCAGCUGCUGUUUCACACUCAAACCCAGCCCUGCUGGAAGGGAAGCCCCCCUCUCGCACUCCUUCCUCUCCGAAUGCCCGGAAUCUUUGCCUUUCCCUCUGCUGAGCCCAGGUGUGGAGGAGGUGCUGCCGGGCCGCCCCGAGGAUGGCGUGCAGCCAUGGCAGGGCGGCGUGGAGCAGCAGGCGGUGCUGAGUGGUGGUGGGCAGCCGAGAGCCGCCGGCACGGAGCCGGGGACGCGGAGCCUCCUGCAGGCGUUGGCCGCCUCCCAGCACGGCCCAUCCCGCACACCGGCUCCCAAAGGGCCGAAGGAUUCCUCUUCCUGCACCCGAGAGCGCGAGAGCGGCGCGGCGACGGAUCGGCUGCAACACGAGGCUGCCUUCAGCAAGGGGGAGAAGAGCAGAGGCGGCGCUGCGGGUGCCGGCAGGUCGUGGCGCGUGCCUGCUGCGCGCAGGGAGAAGCUGCCGGGGCUGGCGGGCACGGCGUCCCCCAGCCAGGUGGCCAUGGCCUCCUUCGCACCGCGCCGGCAGGGCGGGCUGCCCGUCCCGCACCGCAUCCAG